UUGCUUCCGUACGCACCCACCACAAACAAGCCAAAUCGCGAGAACACAUGGACGGUUAGGAUUCGUUCAUACCGCUUCGGGUCUGGGGGCAAGAUCGUCAUUUCCUGUGUACUUCGGGUUUGGCUGGGUUCGUAUCAGCCCACGUACAAGCCCGUAUAUGACCCAUACCGCAAUGUAUUAUACGCCUACGUGUCCACGCGCGGCCACACGGAACCGCCGAGAUAUAUAACGCUUUUCUCCCCUGUCCUCUUCACACUUCAGCGCAUCCAUCCAAAGCAAUCCCCAAAUCGGGAAAAAACCCUAGGUCAAGAACAGCUCGCUCUCGCUCGUGCUCGCUCGUGCUCGCUCGCGCUCGUCCAUGGAGAGGGGGAAGGGGAAGGAGGGGAAGGGCAAGGAGGCGGCGGUUGACGACACGCAGUUGGCGGCACCAUCGGCGGCCGGAGCUGCCCCAGAUCUGAGCUCCGGUUGGGGCCAGACGGCAAGAUACGGCUGGCCGGUGGCUGCACCGGCGAGCAAGAAGCGUGCGCACGAGACGGAGGCGCAGAUGCGGCGGCGGAAGAAGAAGAACCAGAAGACCCGAGAGAGGCAGGAGACGAAGGCGGCGGGGCUCAAGAUCAACAGCCCCGACGACGUGCCCACCUUCGAAGAAUUCGACUCCGCCGACCCGUCCGAGGAGGAUCCUUCGGAUGAAGUCUGUUCUGACCGGGAGGAUAGGGACGUGAAGAGUAGGCAUGUUCUCCGCAGGCUUAGGUCUGGGGAGAUUCGCUACCUUCUUGGCCCAGGGAGGUUCAAGUGCCCCUGGUGCAGCCGCAAGGAAAUGCCGACGGACUUCCUCGGCAUGUACCAGCAUGCCACCUACACUGGUGUUGGCAGCGGGCAGACACCCGCACACAUCAGGGCCAAGCAUGCCGCCUACGGCCUCUUCCUCAAGAAGUACGCCCCCAGGCAGUAGGAGCAUGCGGAGGAUGCUGCCGACCUGCCUGCCUACCUGCCUGCCGACCUGCCUGCCUACCUGAUGCCUACCUGCUAUCAUGUUCCUUUAGUUGUGUGUUUAUGUUAAACUCUGUCGUACUUAUGGUGUUGAAACUUGGUUAAUGCUGUGUUGAACUAUGUUUCUA